GCGCUGAUUGGCUGCUGGCCGAUGACUUUGCUCCAUCCAGCAGGCCGACUGUCUCAGAGCCGGCCGAGUGCUCAGUCAGCGCUCCUCCCGGUGAUCCCCACUACCUGCCGCUCCUCCUCACGCAUGCAUACACAAACACACAUGUACUCAUGAGUGCGCGCUGCGUCUGUGCGCACCACCGGCUGCUGCUGCUGCAACCUGCCGACUUCACCUGAAACGAGCAAAACGGGGGAACCAGAACCACUAAACAAUGCGUGCAUAUUGCAUUAUGCGACAUCGCAGGUUACUACUUCCACGCUCUUUUAGGAGGUAACGGGGGAGGUGUAAGCUUGCGUGCCAUCACCAUGGAUUGCCUUUUUCUUCUGAUAUGGACUUUACCCAUCCCGCUGGUCGGCUGCACCUCACCCAAGCUCCUGUCCACCCUCUUAUCCUGGAAUAUUAUCAAGACGCUGCACAUUUACUACUCGCACACCUCCCACACCGCAUCGGCCAGCUAUUCUUCAAGCGACGGAUUAAAUCACGACUAUGUGUUUGUAGUCCCGGUGGAGGUGGACUCCGAGGGAGGAUACCUGACGCACGACAUGACCAGGCAAAGUCAUCGCAGCAGGAGGUCCCUGUCUUCUUCUCUUCACUACCGGCUCUCAGCCUUUGGGCAGGACAUGCACCUGGAACUGCAGCCGUCCUCUGUGAUUGGCCCAGGUUUCACCGUGCAGACACUUGGCCCGGAUGGCAUCGCCACGGUGAUGGAUGAUUCAGGGUUUCACAACUGCCUGUAUCAGGGAUUUAUCCGUAACCUGACAACCUCCUCAGCAGCCAUAUCGACAUGCUCUGGACUCUCAGGUUUGAUCCGUGUGUCCCAGGAGGAGUAUUUGAUUGCCCCGAUACCCCAACAUCUGGCUGAACAACACAACUACAGCGCCCCUGAUGGUCACCACCCGCAUGUAGUUUACAAGCGCUCAGUGGAGCACAUUGUCCACAAAAGAUCUAUCAGCCCAUCAAGCACCAGGUCUUCCCAUCCUGACAACCCAUACCAUCAUCAUCAGCAGCAGCAUCAUCACCAUGACUACCAGCAUGGAAAGCUCCAGAGGCAACACUUCUGCGGACGCCGCAAGCAAUACGCUCCCAAGCCUCCCGCUGAGGACCCUUUCAUCAUGCCUGACGAGUUUGCGAUACCUGAGGCGGAAGGGCCAGGAAGGGCAAAGAGAUCGCCCAUUAAUACCAACAGGGUGGGGGGCCUGAAUGUGGAGACCCUGGUGGUGGCAGACAGGAAGAUGCUAGAGAAACACGGCAGAGACAACGUCACCACCUAUGUCCUCACUGUCAUGAAUAUGGUUUCCAGUCUUUUCAAAGAUGGCACCAUUGGGACAGACAUCAACAUUGUGGUGGUUAGCUUGUUACUACUGGAACAGGACCCACUGGGGUUGACCAUAAAUCAUCAUGCUGACCAGUCCCUCAACAGUUUCUGUCAAUGGCAAUCAGGUCUGGUAGGAAAAGGUGGUAAAAGGCAUGACCAUGCUGUUCUCCUCACUGGACUCGACAUCUGUUCCUGGAAGAACGAGCCCUGCGACACCCUGGGUUUUGCUCCCAUCAGUGGAAUGUGCAGCAAGUACAGGAGUUGUACCAUCAAUGAGGAUACAGGACUGGGCCUGGCUUUCACCAUCGCUCACGAGUCUGGACACAAUUUUGGGAUGAUCCAUGAUGGUGAAGGGAACCCUUGUCGCAAGACAGAAGGCAACAUUAUGUCUCCCACUCUGGCUGGAAACAAUGGGGUCUUCUUCUGGUCCACCUGCAGUCGACAGUACCUCAGCCGCUUCCUUGGAACAGCACAGGCAUCUUGUCUUGUGGACGAACCUAAGCAGAUCGGUCAGUACAAGUAUCCUGAACAGCUUCCUGGCCAGCUAUAUGAUGCAGACACGCAGUGCAAGUGGCAGUUUGGCUCCAAGGCCAAACUGUGUGGCCUUGAUUUUGUCAAGGACAUCUGCAAGUCGCUGUGGUGUCACCGCACAGGGCAUCGGUGUGAGACCAAGUUCAUGCCUGCUGCAGAAGGCACCAGCUGUGGUCCUGACAUGUGGUGUCGCAGGGGACAGUGUGUUAAAUAUGGGGAGCAUGGUCCCAGAGCAGUCCAUGGUCAAUGGUCAGCUUGGUCUCAGUGGUCUGACUGCUCCAGAACCUGUGGAGGAGGAGUCAUGUACAGGGAGCGUUCCUGCACCAGCCCAAGGCCACAGAACAAUGGUAAAUUUUGCCCAGGUUCCAGUCGUCUCAACCAGCUGUGUAACACUCGGCCAUGUCCUUAUAACGCUGUGGACUUCCGGGCCCAGCAGUGUGCGGAGUACAACAGCAAGCCUUUCAGGGGCUGGUACUACAAGUGGAAGCCCUACACCAAAGUGGAUGAUGAAGACAUCUGUAAGCUGUACUGCAUUGCAGAAGACUUUGACUUCUUUUUCGCCAUGUCCAGCAAAGUCAAAGAUGGAACAGCCUGCUCUGACCACAAAGGAGAUGUCUGCAUUGAUGGAGUGUGUGAGGCAGUAGGAUGUGACCAGAUUUUGGGCUCCAAGGCCUCUCUGGAUGCCUGCGGGGUUUGUAAGGGAGACAACAACACUUGCAAGUUCUUCAAGGGCCAAUACACCCUUCAACACAGGGCUAAUGAGUAUUACUCCAUGGUAAUAGUUCCAGCUGGGGCACGAAGCAUUCGUGUUCAGGAAAUGGAGGUCUCCACCAGCUACCUGGCAGUCCGCUCCUUGAAAAGGAAGUACUAUCUGACCGGGGACUGGACUGUGGACUGGCCGGGGAAGUUCCACUUUGGUGGAACCAUAUUCGACUACCAGCGCUCUUUCAACAAGCCAGAGAGCCUGUAUGCUGCUGGACCUACUAAUGAGACACUGGUGUUUGAAAUCCUUCUGCAGGGAAAGAACCCGGGUGUGGUUUGGGAGUACACCCUGCCCCGAACUGAGAGGAAACCUGACUACAGCUGGGGUGUGGUGCGCUCUGACUGCUCAGCUCCCUGUGCCGGAGGUCGUAUCUCCACCAAGGCUAUCUGUCUGCAGGACCAGAAGGUUCAGGUCAACUCCACCAUGUGUAAUCCCCACACCAGACCAACGCUGGGCUCCCAUCUUUGCAACACACAGCCCUGCCCUGCAUACUGGGCUACAGGGGACUGGGGUCCAUGCAGUCGCUCGUGUGGGGGAGGUCAGCAGACCAGGACACUACGCUGCCUGAGGAAGGUGACUUAUCAGAGGGAAGAGGUGGUGGCGCACUCCCUCUGCCCUGUCAUCUCACCGGCCCAGGUCCAACCCUGCCACACCCAGGCCUGCCUGCCCGAAUGGAGCACUGGAUCCUGGUCACAGUGUUCCAAGACCUGUGGCCGUGGGCUGAGGAAGCGGAGCGUGUUUUGCCGCAGUACUGAUCCUGGAGCCAAAGCAGUGGUGGUGCCGGACAGCAUGUGCAGACAGCACCACAAACCCAAAGCCCAAGAGACCUGCGUCCUGCGGCGCUGCCCCAAGAAUGAAAGGCUGCAGUGGAACCCUACUCCCUGGGGAGAGUGCUCCAAAUCUUGUGGCUCAGGCAUCCAGAAAAGAGAGCUUCGCUGCGGGGAGAGAGAUUCACAGGGAGGGUAUGUGGAGUUCCCCAUAAGGAGGUGCAGGAAUAUGGCCAAACCUUUGGUGGAUCUCCAGCAGGGCUGCAACCGAGGUCCAUGCCCAGAAAUCCCCCAGGUUGUCUCUGGCAGAAGCACUUCUACUGCUGUGGUCUUAGACUGGUACUCCUCUCCCUGGCAACAGUGCUCUGUGUCUUGUGGCGGAGGAGUCCAGACUCGGUCCAUCCAAUGUCUCCGCCAAGGUCGCCCCACAGCUGGCUGCCUGUCCCACCAGAGGCCUGUCACUUCUAGGGCUUGCAACACACACUUCUGCCCUGCCGCUCCCCCUGCUCCGGCACAACGCCCAGGCCGGGUCACAGCUGUUGGACCGACCCUGAAAGAUGACCACUGCGUGGACCAUUUUAGCUGGUGUCACUUGGUUCCCCAGCAUGGCGUUUGCAACCACAAGUUCUAUGGACAGCAGUGCUGCAAGUCCUGCUCCAACAAGAGGCCAUGAAGCUCUGAUACCUCUGAGUCUGUAGCUUCAGAUCUCUGAAGGAGACUUCACAGAGGCCAUUUGGGAGCGAUUACUCACAACACACACAGAACUAUGCUCACACUUGUGUGUUUUCUUCCUGGAGUACUUGACUAAUGAUUUUUUUAAAGAAGUAAAAGAGAGAAACUGUAGACUCUUUUUGUUAAAGAAAACAAUACGGCUGCAGAUGCUCAUCUACAAAAACUGACCAGAGAGCUGUCAUUAACUGAUCAAUGGAUCACAUUGGAACUGGAAAGACAAUGCAAAUAACAGAACACCUGAAGUCUACUUGAUGUGUAAUGUAUAUGUUGUCAUUUUGUUGUUUUCCUUUUGAAACCUCUAAAGCUACAAGCCAUCAAGAGAACAGCAAAGGACAAUAGCAUUUUUAGCUUGCUUAUAUGUAUUUUACAGGUGUAUGGUUUCGUAUUUAAGUUAUUUUGGUCCAUAAUAUAUGAUUUAACGUUUUGUAAGGUGUACAGUGGAUCUGUCUAUGUUGAUUAUGCGAGUCACCCUGUGAUCCACAUUAUGAGAUUUUAUAUGAGGCUAGUGAUCAAGGAUCAGAUGUCUUCCACACUUCUCCUUCACACACUCUCCGCUUGUUAUUUUUACUGAAGGUGCAUCAUACCAGGACACAUUUUUCAUAUGCAUUCCAUUCAUGUUAAACGCAAUGAAAACCUGUGUACGUAAAACAUUUUAUUCAGUCACAUUGUAAGUGGUCGUUUUUAUCUGUCCUGUACGGUUAUGGUAAUACAACUUGAUCAUCUAUCUGACUUUCUUUUCUUUCCUACUCUCUCUUUCUAUCGAUUACAGACAAAAUUAGGGGGAUAAUGCACUGCAUGCUUUG